AUGAAGACAGACAAAACUUGCACUCACAGAGGAAUGUGGUGCGCGAGUGGAAUGAAGAGACAGAGAAAUGAACACGAUGAAGUUACCGUUACCCUUAGAGCCCUUGACAUGUUCUGUAAGAAACUUCAACUACAUUUGUCUCAUAUCAUCGAUGAAAAUACCGUUACCCUUGCUAUCAAGGCCGGUCAGUUUGAUGGUCAAUUUGAUGGUCCCUUACUUAUCUUUCAGACUAUGUGCUGUACUGAUAUAGUUUCUUGGAAUACUAUUCUUUCGGGGUUUCGAACAAGUGAGGGUGCAUUGAAUUUUGCUCUUAUGAUGAAUUUUAAUGGAGUUCUUUUUUAUCCAGUGACUUAUACUACGAUUCUUGCUUUUUGUGCGGAUCAUGAAGAUUUUCUAUUUGGAUUAUAA